AUGGGCAGAGCAAUGGUGGCCAGGCUCGGACUGGGGCUGCUGCUUCUGGCACUGCUCUUGCCUACUCAGAUUUAUUCAAAUCAAACAACUGCUGUAACACCUUCAAGUAACUCCUCCCAGCAUACCUCAGCUGCCCCCAAUCCAGCGAAUGCCACCAAGGCAAGUGACGAUGCUCUGCAGUCAACAGCCAGUCUCUUGGUGACCUCGGUCUCCCUUCUACGUCUCUACCGUUAA